AUGUUUGAUACACAGAUCAACGCUACCAGCGUGAUGUUUCGUACACAGAUCAACGCCACCAGCGUGAUGUUUCGUACACAGAUCAACGCCACCAGCGUGAUGUUUGAUACACAGAUCAACGCUACCAGCGUCACUCCUGGCUACCGUAGACAUCACAAAGAUAAGGAGCAUCAACACGACAUCAAUCAACACGAGAUCAAUCACCACGACAUCAAUCACCACGACAUCAAUCAGCACGACAUCAAUCAGCACGACAUCAAUCAGCACGACAUCAAUCAGCACGACAUCAAUCAGCACGACAUCAAUCAGCACGACAUCAAUCAGCACGACAUCAAUCAGCACGACAUCAAUCAGCACGACAUCAAUCAGCACGACAUCAAUCAGCACGACAUCAAUCAGCACGACAUCAAUCAGCACGACAUCAAUCAGCACGACAUCAAUCAGCACGACAUCAAUCAGCACGACAUCAAUCAGCACGACAUCAAUCAGCACGACAUCAAUCAGCACGACAUCAAUCAGCACGACAUCAAUCAGCACGACAUCAAUCAGCACGACAUCAAUCAGCACGACAUCAAUCAGCACGACAUCAAUCACCACGACAUCAAUCACCACGACAUCAAUCACCACGACAUCAAUCACCACGACAUCAAUCACCACGACAUCAAUCACCACGACAUCAAUCACCACGACAUCAAUCAGCACGACAUCAAUCACCACGACAUCAAUCACCACGACAUCAAUCAACACGACAUCAAUCACCACGACAUCAAUCACCACGACAUCAAUCACCACGACAUCAAUCACCACGACAUCAAUCACCACGACAUCAAUCACCACGACAUCAAUCACCACGACAUCAAUCACCACGACAUCAAUCACCACGACAUCAAUCACCACGACAUCAAUCACCACGACAUCAAUCACCACGACAUCAAUCAACACGACAUCAAUCAACACGACAUCAAUACAGUUUCAUCAAUAUUAUCAAUUCGACUCACCAGUGUAAUCACACGAACAAAAUUAAUAUAG